UCGGCUAGUGCUUUCGUUUGAUCGAGAGCAGGCAUGGCGGAGAGCAUGGAAGCAAGGUCGUCGGAGCAAGGCGGGGGCGACCGCCGCGGCAGGCUGAAGCUGCCUCCCGGGUUUAGGUUCCACCCAACGGACGAAGAGAUAAUCAGGAGCUACCUCCUCCCCAAGUUCGAAAAUUAUGAAUUCUCCCCCGACGCCGUCGGCGAGGUCGACCUCAACAGCUGCGAGCCACGAGAUCUCCCAGGCAUGGCGCCGAUGGGGGAGAAGGAGUGGUAUUUCUUUGUGCGCAAGGGCCUCAAGUACCCGACGGGGAGUCGGGCCAACCGCGCCACCAGCGAGGGCUACUGGAAGGCCACCGGCAAAGACAGGGAGAUCUCCAAGCCCCGCGGCGGCGGCAGAGGCAAGGAGCUGGUGGGGAUGAAGAAGACGCUGGUGUUCUACACGGGCAGGGCGCCCCGGGGAGCCAAGUCCGACUGGGUCAUGCACGAGUUCCGCCUCGAAGGGAGGUCCAGGGAGCAAACCAUGCAGAAGCACAAGGACGAAUGGGUCGUCUGCAAGGUGUUCAACAAGAAGCCGGAGGCCAAGACGAUGACCCAGACGGCCGCCGCCGCGGACGUCGAAUGUUCCUACUCCGCUGUGACGACGCCGAACGCUAGCUCGGUCGUCGACGGCGCCGGCGACGGCACCGAUGACUUCAUCGACUCCAUGUUCACUGUUGACCCGCUCUACUACAACAACUCCAACGAGUACACAAGCGACCUGCUGCCGGCCAACGCGACGACGACCAUCACCACCACCACCAACAGCAACACCAACGCCGUCGCGCCGUCGUACAACGCGGACUACUACUAUACCGUUCCUACUACAGCUGGAACCUUCAACGCCAUGCCUAACUACAGCUUGACCAACGCGCCAAGCAACAUGCAGGCGGUGGCACUGGCCGCCGACACCAUGGCCAGCUCAGUCCCGGCAAUAAGGGGCGACAGCGACCUCGGCGCCUCCUGGCAGCACAUGCUUAAUACGGCGCCGUCGUAUGGGAUUAUGGGAGGAAGCUACGACGUUAACCAGCAGGACCAGCAGGCGAUCAUGGUGAGAGCUCUAGGAGGUGCCAUCGGCUUCCCAAACUUCGGUGCGCCGGUGACGGGUCUGCCAAGUACCAGUGUUCCGCCGCAGCAGAAGAAGCUUGGGAGCUACGUCGACGACGGUGAAUUUCCGUAUGGAAAUUAUGCUGCUGCCACCAUGAAUGGACAAUCAGCUGCUGCUAAGAAUUUUGGCGCUCGGCCAUACUGAUACUGAUCGUAUGUGCACUGAUUUUAGUCCUGUGGCAGUUUUGUUGGUUGGUUGCUUCGUGGUUAGAUUGCUGAUUACAUGGGAGAUAGCGAGAGAUAUACUGUUCAUCCAUUUUAGAUUUUGAGAAAAAGAACAUACCAUUUGGUGUAA